AUACAGAAUAUGUCAUUGUAUGUAAUAAUUCCUAUUGUAUUCAGUAGCUUAUCUUCAUAGUGAAGAACUGUAAUUUUUCCUCUCUUCCCUCAAGGCUAUUCUCCAUGAUAGAUAUCCUCAGUUCUUCAACUGGAUUUCAUAUGAAUCUGUCUUGAGUAAACUCUUAUGGUUGAUUUCCUCUAUGUAUAUACACUAACUUAACAAUAUCACUUUUAAAAUGUGAUCUCCAGUGGGCAGCUGGGUAGUUCAGUGGAUUGAGAGCCAGGCCCAGAGACAGGAGGUCCUGGGUUCAAAUAUGACCUUAGACACACCCUAGCUGUGUGACCCUGGGCAAGUCUCUUAACCCCCAUUGCCUAGCCCUUACCGCUCUUCUGCCUUGGAACCAAUACCCAGUAUUGAUUCCAAGAUGGAAAGUAAGGGUUUAAAAAAAGAAAAUAAAAUGUGCCCUCCAGAAGUGAAUACUAUAUCCCAGAAAUAGUCUAACCAGUCUGUAGAACAGUGGAAAUCUUUAUCUCCUUUGAGCUAGACACUAUAUGACAUUAUGUAAUAUAUUGUACAAUUAUAUUAACUUUUUAACCUAUCAUGUUGACUAUUAGUGACCUUGCAGUCAACUAAAAAUUUACUAACUUUUUCACAUGUGGAUUGAUAUUGUCAUGUCUUUCCCUAUCCUAUAUUUGUGCAAAUUAGUUGGUUAGCUUCAUUGCAGGACUUUUCAUUUAAAUAUUCCUAUUGAGUUUUAUCUUUUUUUUAAACCUAUUGUUUCAACCUUCCAAGUUUUAUUUGGGUCUAGUGUAAGCUAUUAUAUAUAACUUUUAUAUUUCUUUCAAACAUAAUAAAUAUACUGUAUUGUCUAUUACUUUGAUGAAAUAAUUGAAACACUGAGCUUCACAAGACCAAGGACCGAGCCUUUUAAGUUACCUCUGGCGAUCUUCCAAGUGACAUCAAUCCAUCAAUACAAUUAAUAGUAUAUAAUUAAGCUUUUUCAGACAAUUUUAUCUAAUUGUAUUCUCAUCCACGUCAUAGUUUUCCACCUGCUCCACAAGUAUUUCAUGGGAGAUUUUGUCAAAAGCCUUGAUAAAAUUUAUAUAUUAUGUAUGUAAUACAGGAUUUCUCUGACAAAGGAAAAAAAGAUGAAUUUGCCAGACUUGUUACUGAAUGCAUACUGGCUACAACCCUUUUAAGUCUCCAUAGUCAGUUCAAUAAUCACUGACUUCUCUUUUCAAGGACUAAAUAAUAAGUUUAGAAAUUUAUGGUUUGGGAUAUCUGUCUUUAUAACUCUCUUUUUUGAAUGUGAUUUAUGCUCAUCUGCCAAAAAUAAAGCGGCUAAAAUGUUCAUAACCUUUAACCCAGAGCUUUCUGCUGUUAGGCAUUAUAUCCCAAAGAGAUCACUGACAGAAAGAAAAGCUACACCAAAAUAUUGAUAGUAGCUUUUUUUUUUGUGGUAGCAAAGAACUAGAAAUAAAAUAGAAACCCAUUGGAUUGGGAGAUGGCUAAAGAAAUUGUGGUAUAUUAAUAUAAUGGAAGAUUAUAUUCUUUUGCUCUAUGAAACAAUGAAUGUGAUGGAAAAGGAGAAGUAGGAAAGAAUAUGUGAACUGAGGCAAAGCAAAGGAAGCAGUCAGGAAAAUAAUAUUCAUGAUGACAGCUCCAGGGUCUGGCCUUUAGUUUGUGACUGUAAAUGGAAGCCAUGUAAAUGGAAGGAACAACCACACAAAACAAUUGAAAAUAAAUGUUGCAAAAUGACAAAGGACAAACUUUCCAAAGAAGAGAGUUAGGAGCAAAUAAUGCUAAUUUUUUUAAUGUAUUAAUAAUCUGUUUUGCUGAAACCCUUACCCCCCAAUCUUGUUCUUUAUCUUUUUUAUUUUUAGAAAAAAAAAUUUCAUUUCAGGGGAUGAGUUUUUCUGGGAGGAAGAAAGAAAAGAGGCAAGGGAAAUCUAAAUGAUAUUUUAAAUAUAUAUAAUUUAUUAAGCACUUACUAUGUGCAAAAUACUGUAAUAAGUGCUGGGAAAACAAUGGAAUAGCAAAGCAUCCUUACCUUCAAGGAGUUCACAUCCUAAUGGGAAACACAACAGAUAUAGGAAAUCUUAGUCAGAAAGAAAAGGCCUAUUGGCCCCUACAGUAGAGCAGCAAAACAUAUAGUAAUCCACUAUCUUUAAUACUGUUUCUAUUAAUGAAACCAUAUUUAUAUCUGAUUGAACCAUUUGACAUUGUCAAGGACCUUGGUGACAGGAGCUUUUCUUUUAUGGGCUUUCAGAAUCUGUUCCCUAGGUAGGGCCUACAGAACCCACAGAGGCAAUUGCCAGAUUGAAUUUCCACAGGGACUGUAUUUGGGACUGAGCUAAUUGCAGGGUUGGUGGUCUGAGGUGAGUCACUCCUCCUCAUGGGGCUCUUAGGAUUACCAGUCCAUUUAUAAUUGCUCAUCAUUUGUGGUGGCAGAUUUUCCAUUUUUCCACAAAGGUUGCUCUCCUUUAUAAUAGUUAUGGAGGUUAGACUGGAAGCAGGAACAUCUUAGGGGACUUUGAGUCCCUUGCUAUCUCCUCUGGGGUCCAAGGGAGGUUGGUAGUUUUAACAAAUCCUAACAUAUAUUACCUUCUGUUAAUCCUUCGAGUUACUUUGGACUUCAACUAAAUUGGCUUGACUUCUGAUGGUGGUGUGGAUGGUAGACCUCUUCUUCCUUCCAAUGUGAUAGCUAUGUGGAUCAGUUUAGGGACAGGUCUGAUUGUCUAGGGUCAUAGGGACCCAUUGCUGCUUGAGUUCUUAGAUUUACAUGCCUGAUUUGUAUACUAUUCCUAUGGACUUUUGACACUUUUAUGCUCCUGUUUACAUUUUUUUGUACAACUCCUUCCUUUUAAAAUUUAAGGUCACUUUGGAAUUCCUUAUGUGGUUUGGCUCAUUGAAAUACCCCUUCUAAUCUCCUGAUCAGGGUUAAGUGACCUAAGGUCUAGAAACAACUUUGCUUUUAAUAAGUUGUAGGACUUUGCUUCUGGUGUUGAGGAAUCUACUAUAAAUUGAGUGUUAGAUUAGAUAACUCUUAAGUUUCCUUCUGGUUCUAACAUUCUCUGUUAAAUAACACAGUAACUGGGAGAAGGGGGAUGGAUGGUCAAGGGAAUGCAUAUUCUUAGUGAUCUACUAUUUUAAGAAUAUAGCUGGGGGCAGCUGGGUAGCCCAGUGGACUGGAGAGCCAGGCCUAGAGAUAGGAGGUUCUAGGUUAAAAUCUAGCCUCAGACACUUCCUGGUUGUGUGACCCUGGCCAAGUCACUUAACCCUCAUUGCCUAGCCCUUACCACUCUUCUGCCUUGGAACCAAUAUAUAGUAUUGAUUCUAAGGUGGAAGGGAAGGGUUUUUAAAAAAAAGGAAUAUUUGUAGUAUUGACUCCAAGUCAGAAGGUAAGGGUUUAAAAAGAAAAAAGAAAAUAGGAAUUCUUGUUAUAUAGGAGGAAAAGAGAAUGAAGAUAAUUUAGUCAGGAAAAGAAACAUAUGGCAUUAUAGAAGUUAAGGAGGAAUGGGACAGAGGAGAGUGAAAAGGGAUAAAGUUGGAAAAAUUAAUAUUGGAUUUGGUGAUAAGGUGAUAAUGACCUCAAAGAGAUAAAUUUCAAUGGUAUUUCAGUAGUAAAGGAAGCCAGAAUAAAAGGGGUUAAAAGAGUGAGUCAUUCUGUAAGGAAGCAGAAGCAUUGAGUGCUUCUUUUUCCAGGAGCUUGGCAGGGACUGAGAUGAGAAAAAUAGAAAAGAGCUUGAGGUGGGAGGGUCUAGUAUAGAGUGGAGAGAGAGGGCAAGAUUUAGAAUCUCAGGACCUCAGCUUGAAUCCUUGCUCUGCCACCUUCUACCUCUAUAACAUUGGACAAGUUACUCCAUCCCAUCUUCAGUUUCCCAUGUGUAAGAUGAAGAGAUUUAUUAUUUUAGCACUCUGGCAGGGCUGGCUAUUCCAGUCACAGAAGAAAAGAAGAGACAAAGCUUUCUGAUGUUUUGGAUGGGUGACUAGAAGAAUUUUUGGCAAAGUGAAAACAAAGCACAAUGUGCAUCUCCUUCCAGGGUUGUUGUGGAAUCUUUUUGCCCUUCUGUUGGAAUUGGAAUUGUCCUUUUCAAGCCAGUAGAUGAUGGAACACGCCAGCUAUAGCUCCAGAGAGCUUCAUUUUAUUCCUGUUUGUCUGCCUUUUCCUAGUUGGAUUUUUGUCCUCAAUCCGGAGGAAAGUGUGUCUUACUGAUUCUGGAUGUUUCUGGAGUUGAGGAUUACAGUUUUUCACAAGUUUUUUGUGGAGUUGCUGCCACUGUAAUGAAAGUACUGAAAAGAAUAACAGCUUACAGAUGAACAUGGAUCAUUACUGUUUGCAUCUCUCCUGUUUGGGUGUUAGAAUUUUGCUGCUUUUUGGAGUAGUUGAAUGACAGUUCUAUUAUCUGGACGUAGAAGGAUACUUUUUUUUUUUUGUGGGCAGUUACUAGCUCAAACUUUGGCUAAAGAAAUUGACUACUCUGGACCUCCAUUUCUGUUGAGCACUUAAGCAGCAAGAGACUUCAAACAGAUACUGGCCUCUCUAUGUUUGGAGCUAAGUGAACAAUGUCUUGGAAAAGGAGUUACUUUUCUGUAGGACGGGGAAGCGUCCAGGGGAUGUUUGCCCCUCGGAGCACAACUUCCAUAGCUCCUAGUAAAGGUCUCAGCAAUGAGCCUGGACAGAAUAGCUGCUUCCUCAAUAGUGCCCUGCAGGUUCUGUGGCACUUGGACAUCUUCCGUCGUAGCUUUAGACAACUUACUACACACAAAUGCAUGGGGGACUCCUGCAUCUUUUGUGCUCUCAAAGGAAUAUUCAAUCAGUUUCAAUGUAGCAGUGAAAAAGUUCUUCCUUCUGACACACUCCGAAGUGCUUUGGCAAAGACUUUUCAGGAUGAGCAGCGCUUCCAACUAGGUAUUAUGGAUGAUGCUGCUGAAUGUUUUGAGAACCUGCUGAUGAGGAUUCACUUCCAUAUCGCAGAUGAAACCAGAGAAGACAUUUGCACUGCUGCUCAUUGCAUCUCUCACCAGAAAUUUGCAAUGACUUUGUUUGAGCAGUGUGUAUGUACUAGCUGUGGUGCCACCUCUGACCCACUGCCUUUUAUCCAGAUGGUUCAUUACAUCUCUACUACGUCCCUUUGCAACCAGGCAAUUUGUAUGUUGGAGAGACGAGAGAAACCUUACCCAGGCAUGUUUGGUGAACUGCUGCAGAAAGCCAGCACCAUGGGUGAUCUUCGGAACUGUCCAAGUAACUGCGGAGAGAAGAUUCGGAUUCGCCGUGUACUAAUGAAUGCCCCACAGAUUAUCACCAUUGGGCUGGUGUGGGACUCAGACCAUUCAGAUCUGGCAGAGGAUGUCAUCCAUAGCCUGGGUACUUGCCUCAAACUUGGGGAUUUGUUUUUCAGAGUGACAGAUGACCAAGCCAAGCAGUCUGAACUGUAUUUAGUGGGAAUGAUCUGUUACUAUGGCAAACAUUAUUCUACUUUCUUUUUCCAAACAAAGAUCCGCAAAUGGAUGUAUUUUGAUGAUGCCCAUGUCAAAGAGAUUGGCCCCAAGUGGAAAGAUGUGGUAACUAAAUGCAUCAAGGGACAUUAUCAGCCUUUGCUAUUGCUUUAUGCUGACCCCCAGGGUACCCCAGUAUCUACCCAGGAUUUACCUCCUCAGAUGGAGCUUCAGUCAUACAGCAGGACAUGUUAUGAUAGUGAAGACUCAGGGAGGGAGCCUUCCAUCUCCAGUGAUACUCGAACAGAUUCAUCAACAGACAGCUAUCCCUGCAAACAUUCCCACCAUGAGUCUGUGGUCAGUCACUUCUCAUCUGAUUCCCAGGGGACAGUUAUCUACAAUGUGGAGAAUGACUCUCUGUCUCAGAGCAGUCGGGACACAGGGCAUCUAACAGACAGUGAAUGUAACCAAAAGCACACAGCCAAAAAGGGUUCAUUGACAGAACGUAAGAGGAACUCUGGUCGGACAAGGAGGAAAGGGGAUGAGCCACAGUUCUCUGGGUACCACAGUGAAGGAGAAACACUAAAGGAGAAGCAAGCCCCCAGGAAUGCCCCCAAGCCAUCUAGCAGUACCAACCGCCUAAAGGAGUUUAAAGAAACAGUUAGCAAUAUCAUCCAUAGCAGACCAUCUCUGACUUCCCAAAGCAACCAAGGAUCUCCCUGUGUGGGGAAAGGAUACCAAACUGAAAAACGACCCCCUCGGAGCCUGCCCUUGCACUGCCAGGACUGGGAAGUAGAAAGCACCAGCAGUGAGUCUAAAUCCAGUUCAUCCAGCAAGUACCGCCCAACAUGGCGACCAAAACGUGAGUCUCUGAAUAUUGACAGCAUCUUCAGUAAGGACAAAAGGAAGCAUUCUUGUGGCUAUACCCAGCUCAGUCCUUUCUCUGAGGACCCAGCUAAAGAGUUUUCAUCAAAUGAAAUAAACAAAACAACUGCAUAUGACCCCAAAGCCAGUGGACCAAACUUAAGGCACAAGAACUGGGGCCUGCCCCGUCCUGGCAUUCAUAUUAUGGAACAACAUCCUCGACUGAUCCAGAGGAUGGAAUCUGGCUAUGAGAGCAGUGAGAGGAACAGUAACAGCCCUGUCAGCCUGGAUGCAACUCUGUCAGAGAGCUCUGGAACCUACAGGGAUACAAAUUUGAAGAGAACACCUGGGUUGGUCCCUGCCUGGCAUCAGAUCCCAAAGUCACACAGCAGCAGCAGCAUCAUGGAGGCAGAAUCAGUCUCUGCCAAAAGUGGUUGGACAAAGAACCAGCCCCUCCCAUGGAAGGAUAAGAGCACAGAUGGGGAGUUGUCCUUAGCCUCCAAAAGUGAGCUGGAUGAACUCCAGGAAGAAGUCGCUCGGAGGGCCCAUGAACAAGAACUCCAAAGGAAGCAGGAGAAGGAAUUGGAGGCAGCUCGAGGGUUCAACCCUCACCCCAGCCGCUUCAUGGACCUGGAUGAGCUUCAGCAUCAGGUGCUGGCCCUUGCAGGGAGGCGUGACCGCUCUGAGAGGUCCACCCAUGAGGCCGACUUGGUGUUGGAGGAGGCACUGCGUCGUGAGCAGAGAGGGGACUGUGCUGCAGCUUUGGCUCUCUGUAACGAAGCAAUUUCUAAACUAAGACUUGCCCUGCAUGGUGCCAGCUCUAGCACGCACAGCAGAACCCUAGUUGAUAAGAAGUUACAAAUCUGUAUCCGAAAAGCACGGAGCCUCCAGGAUCGCAUGCAGCAACAGCAACUGCCGCCGCCAACACCACCACCACCACCACCACCACCACCACCACCACCGCCGCCGUUGGGGGGCUCCCUCCCUCAGCCAACAAGUGAACAGUCUCUCCCGCUCCAAGUUCUGUUGAGUCAGGAGGCACGACUGGAACCCAGCAAGGACACCGAGUUUGGGACCAGUACUUUCUUCCCCUCCUCUACUUCCUGCCAUGAAUCACACUCAUUACUGUCUUCAGAGUCACCCUCCCCACCUACCCUACAGCCCAGUUCCCCCAGUAGGUCUUUUCCCAAUCUCUUAACUUCCUCUGCUAAUGUGGAUGGCCAUGCUUUCUCAGCUUUCUGCAAGAAAGGUUUAUCCCACAAGCCAAGGAAGACUGAAAAGGGUUCUCCCCAAGGUAGGGAACCUGCAGGAGUCCCAGCAGAGGGGCUACUGGGCUGUCAUGGUGGCAGCAGGACUCCCACUCAGGAAGGGAGAAAUGCUGGCCAGCAGCAAUUCCAGGAGAAAAGUGACCCUGCAGUUUUGCCUGCCCUGAUCCUUCCCUGUCCACAUUUGGCCUCCAUGCCCUCCCCUGAGAGGGGGGAUUCUUACAGUCCCAGCUAUAAUCCUUCAAGUUUUUCAACUUGGUCCAGCCUUCCUCCACAUGGGGCCUGUCACCCCAAAGAACCUACAGCUUCCUCACAUUUGCUUCAUUUUCCUCCAGAUUCUGUACAGAAAACUAACAAGUGUCCCUCAACCAACAGCCAUGAAACUUUAUUUGUUUCACAAGGGGAGCAGGGCACCAAAGAGGGCUUGAAGUCAGAAGUCCCCAGCACAAAGGGGCUUGUUCGCUCUCUUGCAGAGCAGUUCCAAAGAAUGCAUGGGGUUUCCCCAAAGGAUCAUACUUGUGAGAGAAACUGGGUAGCUACAGGUUCCCAAGACAGGAAACCAACAACUAGAUUGAGAAAGGAGUCACCCCCCUCAGACUCCAGGCUACACAGGAAUGGUCACUGUUCUUGGGAAAAACAGCAUAAAUCUUUGGAUAGGAGGGAUAGGCAAACUUCUCGGGAAAUGCCCUCUAGUUGCCAUGCUCUUUCAGUAAACCCUUCCCCACACAACAGUGAUGCUCCCUGGGGACUGGGAUUAAAUGUGGCAGAAUCAGUCAUGUUCCCAGGGAAGCCGUCACAGAUGGAAGAUAUUAGGCUAAAGGAGGUAGGCAGUAGUGAUGACUUAAUGACUUCCCUGCCCAUGGACCAUUGGGUAGACAAUAUUAGGCUCUCUGGCUCUCCCCCCAAUUGUGAAGAUGGUCCAUGGAUUCCUGGACCUGGGAGGAACCCCUCCCCUCAAGAUUCCUGCAUUGGUCUCAUCCAUCCUGGAAGAAGCCAUAUGCAUCUGCACCCACACUGGAAUGAGGACACAGAGCAAGAGGCCUCAGAAUUGGAGUCUCUGUACCAGGCUAGUCUGCAGGCAUCUCAGGCUGGCCAACCUGGGUCAGGGAGGCAUCCACUUACUCAUCCAGGCUCCACAAAUACUGUAGGGAGGAGACUACACUCGGCCCCUGGCUUUGAUCUCUCACAGAUACCAACAGUAGAAGUGGAACAUAGUCUCCAUGAGGCAAGCCUAGUAUCUGCCUCUCAGGUCACGUCUUGUCGAAAUUCUAUGAAGGAGGAGGAAGGAGUGCUGUACACUGCAGAGAAUUUCCGACGCAUUUCACGCAGUCUCAGUGGCACCAUUGUCUUGGGCAGGGAGGAAACCCCUAUGUCUUCCCACAGUUUUGAAACUUCAAACGUGAGGAAAAAGCCUUUGGAAACCAGGCACCGUUGUUCCAGCUCCUCUUCCCUCUCUGUCAUCCAUGACCCUCCUGUGUUCCUCCCUAAUCCCCAGAUCCUCCCUCCCCAGCCACAGCUCCUGCCCCUUGAUGUCCUGAUGCCCACCAUGGCAGGGGAGCCCCAUAGACCCCCAGGAACUUCAAGGAAUGUCCAGCAGCUUUUGGCUAUGUGUGACAGGGGUGAAGCUUCCCGAGGGGCCAAAUACACAGGAGGGACCCUGAACUACAAGAGCCUCCCACACCCAUCAAGAGUUGAUUCUUCCUGGGGUCUAAUGCCAGAGACCAACCAGCAUUCCGAGACCAGACCCUCAAUCACCUCAGGGCUCAGGCCACAGCUGAGCCACACUGCCACACUGCCAGACAGAAGCCAGGGACUCCAGGGCUCACAUGUCCAGUCGUGGGGAAGACUCUAUCAUUCAUGCUCACAUUCUCCUAACACCUGCCAUCCUUCAUCAUUGCCCAACACUCUUUCUAUGCCCCUGGAGCCACUCCAGAAUUCUAGCCUUGUACCUAGUUCCUCUCGGGGUCCUGGACCCAGAAGAGUGGACAUACCUCCUGAUGAUGAUUGGAGAAAGAACACUUACACCUCUCAAUCUGGACAUAGAAUAGGAGGAAAUGGGCCUCUCUUUGCCACUUCAGAUGCCCAUCAAAGGGGACUGACCUGGGCUGUAGCCCCACAGCAUAGUGGGUGGUGAGGGGCUCUUUUUGGCUUAUUCUUUUCUCUUACAUUACUGUGCCAUGUCAGAACUGGUGCCCAACAUCACUGUCAUUGCUGUGCUGGGAUCAUUUCAGUUUAGACUUCUGUGUCCUCAGUGGUUCUGGAAUCUCAAGGGAUACUUGGCUGAUGAAAUCCCAGCUUAAAUUUUCCUUGAAAGAAUGGGCAGCUGUUUUAGGAUGGGGUGCUGCCAAAGGGUAAUUUUGAUUUAAUUGUAGCCUUAGAAUCACUCAGAAUUCCAAAGUUCAACCCAUGAAACUGUCACUGCUGGGCAUCUUAAGGCCAUCUAUUUCUUUCCCCAAAUCCCAUUGUCCCUGUCCCCUGUUGCAGUCCUCUCCUUCACCCACAAUCCUCUCAUUCCCCUUACCAACUUCCCUUACUCCCUCCAACAAAUUCCCUUGGACACAUGGCUAUGCCGUCUCUAACCUUGUCUUAGGUGUGGCCAAGACCUGAAGGGAGCCUGCCUUGUCAAGGAGCCUAACCUCUGAGACUCCCUCUGACCCACAUGUGCAUACUCACCCUCACACUCUCAUGAUUAAGACUAUGGGGGGAGCUGUCAGCACAUACACUCUCCUUCCUGCAGACACACUAACAGUCAAGCACACUAAUCCCGCUUCCCAGCAGCAGAUCCAUUACUGCCACUCACUCAAUUGCCAUUGUAAACACUCAGAGUAAGUUGAAGUAUUUUAGGGCCAAACAUAACUGUUUUUGUAAAAUAUUUUUGAAAUAAAUCUGAGAGUUCUAUUUAA